AUGUCCGACGAAGAAGAUUCAAGCAAUAAAUCGCCGAAUCCUUUCGGCGUUGCAGCUCUGGCAGCGACGGCUUUUACAAAAGGAAGAAGAAAGCACAAACUUGCGAGCACAGUUUUUAAAGGAGCACUUGAAGAUCUCAAGAAUGAUCCAGAGAAUAUUUUUUGGAGCGGAAAGCAACAUACUCUUUCUCGCGAAGUAUCAAGAGUUGCAAAAACUCCUGAAUUAGAUCGACAGCUGCUUGAAAUCUUCAUCGAGGUGGACGAUGAGUGGGACGAAGAUGAUGAGAUCGACAUUGAAAAAGUCUCCGAGCUCGUUGGAAAAGGAGCUUCCAUCAACGCGCGGGAUAUCUACGGACAAACGAUUUUGCACGCGAUCGCAAGAGAGUGGGAUACUGACAUUGCAAAAUUUGUCAUUCAACUCGGCGCCGAUGUCAACGCGGUUGAUCAUUAUGGACGGGCGCCGAUACAUUUGGCGGCGGCGCACGAUUUUGUCGAAAUGAUUCAUUUUCUUGCCUCUCAAGGAGCAGAUGUCAACAUGCCAGUUGUCCACAACCUCAAACUGUGCACUCAACUGGAUCCAGAAUGCGCUCCUCAGAACCAAACUCCGCUGCAUAUGGCCGCUGGAGCCGAUGCUGCGGACGCUUGUGAAGCUCUCCUCGAACUUGGCGCUGACAUCGAGGCACGUGACUAUCACGACAGAACUCCUCUCUUUCUCGCGGCUGAGUUGGAUAGAUCUGUAAGCGCUCAUGUCCUACUGGAGAAAAACGCUGAUGCAACUACAAGAGAUAAGUACGGAAAUAUUUGCCUAACCGUCAUGGCAUCCAAAAUGCCGCAAGUAGCGUCGGAAGCGCUGAAUCAAUUGUGGACGUAUAACAGAAGAAAUCGCAAUCAAUACUUUUGGCUUGAUAAACUCUUGCCUUCAUCCGCUGAGCUUAUUCGCGCUUCUAGAGCUAGAAACAUCUUGGAAGUCAUCGUGAACGAGAGAAAACUCGAUCUUGUGACUCAUAAUAUCAUUCAAAAAUUCAUCGACAUUCUUUGGGCAAAAUACGGACAAAUGGCGUUUUAUAAAGAAGCACUUUUGACUUUUCUCUUCAUCGGUCUUUGGACGACGAUUGCUGUUUCAAAAGCUGCGGAUGAAGCGUACAUCUACGAAGAUGAUGAGUGGUGGAGAUGGCUUCUCCUGGUUCUAGCGAUUGUCACCACUGGGCUUGUUAUUGGCAUUGAAAUACGCGAGUACAAGAUUGGAAAAUACAAGCUGCAAGAGUACAAGUCGUGGAGAAUCGUCCAAGUCGAGGAGGACGCAAAAUACUCUCAUCCGAUGAGAAAGCACGAGUCAAAGUUCAUCGAGUCCGAGAAAGAAAGUUUGGAGGCUGAGAAAAUGUAUUACUUCAGCAGUGGAUGGAAUUAUUACGACUGGUUCUGUAACUUUCUUUUGCUCCUCGCGCUCAGCAUUCAUAGCGCAGCUGUGGGACUCUUCAAUGCUCGAGAGAUCGUUCCGAUUGAAAAUAAUGAUCCGGGUGUGACAAUUUUGGAAGAUAGCACUGCUUGCUUUGGCAGAUUAAAUGUUGAAGACUGUGAGUUGGUUUCGUCGAUUAAUCGCGUGCACUACUCGCUUUUUGCUUUUACAAUGGUUGUGCUUUAUGCGCGAGCUUUUAAAUUGAUGAGAGUGACGCUGUUCAUGGGCCCAUUUAUUGUCAUUAUCCAGAAAAUGAUGUGGGAUUUGUUGAAGUUUUGUGCGAUGUGGUUGGUUCUGUAUGGAGGCUACGCGAUUGCGUUUUAUCUCGUCUGGGGGCACUCUAAUCAAGAAGAUGAAAUUCUAAGUGAUACCGACGAAAUGCUGUUCAUGAUCUACCGAUUGAUUCUUGUCGACGAAUGGCCCUACGAUGCCAUGAUGGAGACCAACAAACCAAUGACUUACAUUCUUGUCGGAAGCUACCUGAUGUUUUGCGCCAUUCUCCUGUUGAAUCUCUUCAUCGCGCUGCUUUCUGAUACUUUCCAGCGUAUUUAUGACAAUGCCCAUUCCAAUGCAGUUAUGCAAAGGGCAAUCUAUUUGAAAGAACACCUUCACGAAUUCAAUGAUGAGGAGAAAAUUGAGCUGAGUAGAUACUUCGAGACCAAAUGCUCUCCUCUUCGGGAAGACUGGGAUGAUGAUUCCCCGGAAACAGAACAGACACAAUUGAAGAAGAUAACUCACCAGAUUCAUGCAAAACUGACGAAACUUGAGGAGUUUAUUGAAGAACAAGCUGAAGAACUUGAAAAACGAGAAGGCCGAGCUGGUCCAACAAACAUGCCGCGUGGUCGAGGCGCUGUAUCGCAGCUGGACGUCGAGGGCCUGAAACAAAGCAUCAACAGACAAAUGAAAGAGUUCACGCGAAAACAAGACGAAGCUCUGGAGAGGUUGGAAAAUUUCGAAAGUUCCAUGCGCGCUCGAUUGGAAAAAAUCGACAAGCGCCAAAAAAUCAGAAUUGAAAAAGGCCCAAAGUCAGAACUCAAAUCAACCUUUCUUCCGCCAAUGAUACCAACUCAACAAACAGUUCAAACAAUCAGCCAAGUUGAGAAGAUCCAGCCAAAAGUGGAUACCUGGAACGUUUUGCCAUCAGUUGACAAUCCAACAUUUGCCACUCCUUCUUCCACUGAAAACAAGGAAGAGUCCGAAGCCUAA